AUGGAUUUGUCCUGUGAAGAAAACAUGCAGAAUUCCGGAAUUAGUGGAAGCGGAAGAACAGUAGACAUGUGUGUCGCUGGUCCAGAUCGGGCCUUAGACCGCGACCCUCGACUUCUUCUAAACCUGCUGACUUUGGAAAGAUCACACGCUCUUCACACAGACUACUUUCAGAAUGUACAAAUUGAUAUUCAACCUUUCAUGAGGAAAGUAGUGACAACCUGGAUGUUAGAGGUGUGCGAGGAACAGCAAUGUGAAGAGCAGGUGUUUCCUCUAGCUGUGAGCUAUAUGGACCGGUUUUUGGCUCAUCGCGCAAUAUCCCGCCAGCAACUCCAACUUCUUGCAGUCACAUCUAUGCUGCUCGCAUCCAAGUUCCGUCAGUGUCACCCACUGUCAGUAGAUCUACUUUGCGCAUAUACAGACAAUUCUGUGUUGCCUCACGAAGUUAGACAAUGGGAAUUGAUGGUCCUUCAACGAUUGAACUGGCAGUUGUCUAUCGCAACGGCGUUUGACUUCGUUGAGCCUUUCUUGGCGCGAGUACCGUGGGGUCGAGCUAACCCCCUGGUCAGGACACAUGCGCUUACACUCACAUCAGUAUGCUAUACCGAAACCGAAUUCCUCUUGGUGCCACCGUCUUUGAUCGCUGCGGCUUGUAUUACAGCAGCAGCUCGAGGAUUGCGAGUAACUAUGUCGGUAAAUGAGCUGUGUGCCCUAACUAAAACUCCAGCCGCAGCUGCCGAACUCGUGGCCCGUCACGUUGAGCGAGUGUUAGCCAGGGAAACACAGCCACAAGAACCUAGAACAAGGCACACACAACCGUACAAGCAAACCACGCCGGAACAGACACAACUUUCAAACACGCCCACUGACGUACAAGAUGUGCGCUUUUGA